AGCUAGCUAGUUUGUUGGUUCGGUUGUCAUCCCGUAGGCGCAGGGAUGCCCCCGGUAUGCGGCAACCAUUACUAGUGCUUUUGUCAGUUCGGUUGUAGAUGAAAAGCUCUAGUGUAUUUUUCAUUGUCAUUAGAUUUUACUUCUGUCAUUGAAUAAAUCGAUACUCACGCAACAAUUAAUUAUACCAGAUUAACGAUUUACGCAAACCGAAAGACUUAUAUUCACGCAAAGUCUGAGAUUGAAAAGUUGAAAAUGUUGGAAGAGGUUACGAACAGCUGGGCCAUCGGCCUGCACUCGUUUCUUGACGUUUCACAGUUUACACCGAUGGUAUCGAAUUUGUGGGAUAAAGAAACGUUCAACGUGCAACAUUUAAUUGACACGAAAAUAAAAAAGGCUGACGUACUUCUUGGAUACUCGAUUCUGCUUUGGGUGAUUUUGUACCUGAUGUAUGAAAAGUGCCUUAAUUCGCUACUUCGACGUAUGCGAAUACCAUUGGUGCAGAGGAGUAGAAUAAUCGAGGCUGUGUGGAAUUGUGGAUUUUGCUUUGGUAGCAUUUGUUAUCUAAAGUCGUCUACAAUCAAGACAAUAAACUUCUUCUCUGAAGGACGGGAGGUGACGCACGAAGAGCUGGGUGUCAUUCUGCAUAAAAGCUUUUAUUUUCAUCGGGCAGGAGUAGAGAUAUUCUGUCAUGGAGCUUGGUCGAAAGGCUGGGCAAACUUGCUAUUUGCGUCAUUCGUCAUGAAUCCAUAUCAGGAAAAAUGGUGUACAGUAGUAAGCACCUUCUUAUUUUAUAAAGCAAUUGACACUAUUGUAAUAAAUAUUUGUCGAAUUCUAUUGUGUGUAUUCCACUUCAGAGGAAGAAAGUUAGCCAAACUAUUUUUCUUCGUUCAUUGCCUUGGAUGGAUAUAUUUAUAUGUACUAUUUGUGCCUAAAUUGAUGUUACGACUGGAAAAGACUACUUACACCCGGGCAGAGCUUGGCUUAUGGCUGUGGUUUACAGCAGAAUGUAUAGAUUCGGUGUGGCUAAGACUUUUGGGAUGUGCUAAGGCUACGUACUGGCUCGAAAUUUGUUUAUUUCCCCGUCCAACGCGUGAAGCAAUCGUACUUGCGGGAAUUCAAAAGCGACAUAGAGAUUCUUUAAGAAAGUUAGUUAAUAAGACAUCAAAGAAGACUGAACUAUGGCAAACUAUGCUCUGUGCGGUAGCUAUUAAGAAAAAAUUGAAAAAAAUUAGACAAGCAAAGCAGAAUGAUUCCGAAUUGACGAUUGAUUCUGCUGAAACGGAAAAAACGCAAGUGGAGAACGAAGAAGAGAGAGAUCAAUAAUUACAAAAUUAUACAGUCAGUAUUAUUACAAAAUUGCAGCUCCUUAUGUAUUGGUAAGGAAAGACAGUAAAUGAGAUUUAUUUAUAGUUCCUAUAAUAUCUUCAAAUGAAUUUAUGUAGAAGAAAAAUGUUAAACGCGAUCAAUUUAAGAAUACGAACGGGAUGUAAUUAAUGAAAAUCUGCACAAAAUUUUGUUUAAUACAAAAAUCAAAUUUAUUUGAGAAUUUGAUAGAUGUAUACCUGUAUAUGUAGAAAGUUCCAUCGCAUACACGCUUAUAAGUUAACGGUACAUGUCACGAUUAAUAUCCGUCGCGUUUUACACAAACCUUCAGUUGAGGAUUUCGUGAUUGGCACGAUAUCACGGUAACAUUACAAUCGAGAUUACGAAGCAUGCAUUCGUAUUAGGGUAGGUGGAUAAAAACAGUAAUUGAUACGGUUGACACGUUGAUUAUUAAUUUAACUUCAAAUGGUUAACGAUUAUUUUCAUAUGAAUUCAUUCAUAAAAUCUUCGCUCGGAAAAUGACUUUACGUUUUGUGAUAAUGCAGGAUGAGUGUAGUACAAUUAGCUCGCAUAUAGUUUUGUUUCUUAUCUUUUAAACAUUAAGCUAGAGGCACAAUAUGUAUAUCUACAAAGCGAAUAGAGAACACGCCGAUGCUAUUUCGCUUGAUGUCAAAAUUGCUUACGGAUUAAGCGUAGGUACAUUGUAAUACGACAUAGAUUAACCGAUAAAUAACCUAUCUGGGACAGUAAAUAAAAAGAUUUAGAAGCAAUUCACGAAAUUAAAGCGAAGAAAGAAUAUUACAGGUUAAAAGUGGGGUUUAAACUAAAAUUGUAAGAAAUCGAAACAUUGCUCGUAUCCGUUAUAAUAAAGAAACGUGAUUCAUGUGACACGUUAUUCCUAGAUAUAUAAAGUUUUAUUUCCGAUCAUUCUGGACUGUGUCAAUAAAAUAUAGUACAUGUAUUUAGGCUGAAUUGUUCCACGAUGUUAUACAGUUUAAUGAAAAAUAUUAUAAACGAAUAUGGUUGGAAUAAAGUUGUAUUUAAUACGCCGGAAGUGUAUACGCCUCGAUGGAAUCAUACUUCUAAAAAUUGUUAAAACAUUCGGUUUAGAAACUUAUACGUAACAAGUUGUAUUACACAAACGCAUAAUACCAUUUCCUAACCCGAUAAUAAUUAAUAUUAAAAUUAUUCAAGCGACCUUACUUUUACGACAUUGUCUAAAUGCAGGGGCAUUCUAUGUUCUAGCGAAUGCAUCAAUGCACCUCGUUCCUUGUAAUUAAAAAGUUACAUAUCGUUCUCUUCUUUCUUUCAUUUUUUUUUUUUUUUGCACGAGGAAAUUGUACCUCGCGCAGUACAGAGCUUCUCAAACGAUUACCAGUUAAUAAUCUAAAAAAUCAUGCUCGUCCCAGUUCCGAAAAUUUGUCUGAGAAGUUACAUCGUACGAACAAACGAAACUUUGUAAAAGGUGAUGGUACAGAAUUGAAUCGAUGGUAAAACAUUUAAUAAUAACGUCGAUCGAUUGUGCGCUACACAAAACCCGAUUACUCGCUGCGAUGAUUAAAACUACGUUUAAUACAGCAACACUUCUCUCCCUGAAUGCGUUGUGAAUCCAAGUGCUGAAUAAGGCCUUUUCAUGUGAAUGACGACCGUUAAAAGUUCAACACCGUUUAUAAAAUUCCAUCCUCCGAGAACAACAUUCUCGAUGGCCUCUCGCGAACGAUAGACAACCGUUUGUUUUAUUACGUAGGUUUUAUAAUCGAACUUAUAGACACACUCACAAAAUAUCUUGCCAUAUUAUUUUAUCGUGUGUGUAAUGGUUAUUUGUAAUAUUUAUAUAUAUGUAUAUUGUUAAAUUGUUUUAACUUACGUCGAAUAACUAUCACUGCGCUCACUUCACGUUAAUAACGUGUAAUCAGUUUUUCCUUCUUUUUUUUUUUUUUUUGAGUUUCUUUAAUGACCUUCUCACACAUUCACGCUCUCUCAAACGACGAAAAAAUAAAGGACGAAAGAUGGAAGGAAAUACAAUGUCCACGUGUAAAAUUCACACCGGUGCGAUGAUCAUAAUGACAAGCUGCUUUUUUUUGUUCUUUUAUUAUUUCUUCGUUUCGGAAUCGGAUGCUUGUGUUUAAAAUUUUGACGAACGAGAUGAACAGAUUUUUUGUUUGUUAAAUAUAAUAUCUUUAUGUAUAUGGCAUUCUAAUGUUUGUUAUAAAAUAAAAUGGUUCGUGAUGCUACCUUAUCAGGAG